UGAGCGGGGAAGAGGAGGUAAAGCUGAUGUCUCUGGCCAAAGGAAAACAGGAGGAGUUUGGACCGACAAGCGAGACUAACCUGAGGCUCUGAUCAUCAACGGCUCUCAAUCCAUCUUUUCUAUACAAACACACACGUGCGCUGUCACGCUCUCUCUCACACACUCACUCACGCCAGCUGGAUGUCUCCUCACUAGGCGGAACGGGAGAGAGAGGUGUGAUUGCACAAAGGCUCCCUGGCUGAGGAGCUGGAAGGCUAACUAUGGAUCUAAAGGAGAGUUGUGGCAGUCAAGGGAGCCAUGAGAGCUUCAGUUUGCGCCCCACCUCCUGGCAAGCAUUUGCCAGUACCAGCACGCUGCAUGGCCUGCGCUUCAUUUUCCCAUAUGGUCAGACCGGUGCACGCCGCUUGCUCUGGGCGGCAGCUCUGCUGGCCUGCCUGGGACUGUUGGCUUUGGAGAGUGCAGAGAGGCUUGCAUAUUUCCUCUCCUACCCUCACCUGACUAGCGUUGAUGCUAUUGUGUCUAGCAGUCUGGUUUUCCCUGCUGUGACCAUUUGUAACCUCAACACUUACCGCUUCAGCCGCCUCACCAGCAACGACCUGUAUCACGCUGGAGAGCUUCUGGCCCUACUGGAUGUAGACCUGGCAAUCCCACAGCCACACCUGGCUGAGCCGGAUGUGCUUACUUUUCUUCAGGAAAGAACCAACUUCACAGCCUACAAGGCCAAAGCGUUCAGCAUGAAGGAGUUCAUGGAUCGGGUUGGCCAUGACCUCAAGGAGAUGAUGCUCUACUGCAGAUAUCAAGGCCAGGACUGCAGCCACAGUGACUUCAAAACC